AUAUUUAGACAGCUCAUCCGGCAUCCUCCUUACUUGAAUCCAUAACAAUUUUGUCAAAAUGAAAGUAUUUCCAUUAGAGCCUUAGAUUAAAGGCAUAGCGAGCAAAGUUUUAUCCCCCCUCCUAAAGUCCAUUCAGCUCUAGCGUCACGCCUCAACCGGAAGUGACGCUGAAAAAUACAACAAGGAAGUUGCCGUUUAUUGUGAAGGAAAAUAACCACCAGAUUAAACGUCUCUUCACAUCUGGGGUGUGUUUGCUGCAUGCUCGGAGCCAGGAGGGCUGAAGUCACCGUGGACUCGCCCGGGAGCCCGCUUCACGUCGCCUCGAAGGAUUCUGCUCUUAGCCAGCUCGGUAGCUAGCAAUGAACACGGACGUGGAAUUUCACAUCAGGCAGAAUUAUCCGUGGAACAAGCUGCCAGCGAAUGUCAAGCAGAGUUUGGGGAACUCACAGCGCGAGUAUGAGAAGCAUGUGCUGCUGUACAGCAUCCGCAACCAGCUGCGAUUCCGCAAUAACCUAGUCCGCCACGUCAGGAAGGACGAGCGCAGGUACUACGAGGAGCUGCUGAAGUACAGCCGGGACCACCUGAUCCUGUAUCCCUACCACCUGUCUGACAUCAUGGUCAAAGGGCUGCGAGUCACUCCGUUCUCGUACUACAUCGGAAUCAUGGAGGAUAUUAUGAACAGUGAGAAGAGUUACGACUCCUUGCCCAACUUCACUGCUGCUGACUGUCUGAGGCUGCUUGGCAUUGGGCGAAACCAGUAUAUUGACCUGAUGAACCAGUGCAGGUCCUCCAAAAAAUUCUUUCGUCGAAAAUCGGCGCGGGACCUGCUGCCAUCCAAGCCGGUGGAGAUUUCCGUGGAGCCGUGGUGGGUCGCUCAGACGGGCUUCAUCACCGAGGACGACAUAAGGAUCUGUUCUACUGCGGAGAAGAAAGCCAUCGACAAGAUGAUAGAUUCUGGUCCUCAGCUGGCGGGAACAAUAGAGUACAAUGUGGUCCUUAGUUUGUAUAACCGGGGCUUUAUUUACCUGGACGUUCCCAUAUCGGAUGACAGCUGCAUCUCAGUGCCCCCUCUUGAAGGCUUCGUCAUGAACCGAGUGCAGGGUGAUUAUUUUGAAACACUUCUCUACAAAAUCUUUGUGUCUAUUGACGAGCAGACCAACGUGGCCGAGCUUGCCAAUGUGCUGGAGAUCGACCUGGAUUUAGUGAAGAACGCGGUUUCCAUGUAUUGUCGCCUCGGCUUCGCAGUGAAGAAAGGUCAGGUGUUCAGCUCUGAGCAGCUUCACCCCAGCUGGAAGAACGCUCCGUCCGUUAACAGGCUCAAGAGCACCAUGGACCCCCAGAAGAUGCUGCUGUCCUGGGAACAGGGCAGUCCCGUCAUGGAGGGCGGCUCCUCGGCCACAGACACAGACACCACAAGCCUGGAAGACCAAGCAGGAGACACGGGCAGCGUUAGCAGCCUCAGCAUCCCGGCAGCUCCCACUAAGAGGAUCGCCUUCCUCUUUGACUCCACGCUUACCGCAUUCCUCAUGAUGGGCAACCUGUCUCCGAACCUGAAGAGCCACGCUGUGACCAUGUUUGAGGUGGGGAAGCUGUCCGAUGAGACUCUUGAUAGCUUCCUGGCUGAGUUGGAGAAGGUGGAGAGUACAGCAGAGGGUGAGGCUCAGCGUUACUUUGACCACGCUCUCACCCUAAAAAACACCAUUCUCUUUCUGCGCUACAACAAAGAACUCACUCAGGAUCAAGGACCUGAUAUUCCAAAUAUAGGUUUUCCUUUGGACAUGCUGCGUUGUGAGAGCCUGCUGGGUCUGGACCAGGCCACCUGCAGCCGCGUCCUCAACAAAAACUACAAGCUGCUGGUCUCAAUGGCGCCGCUCAGCAACGAGAUCAGACCCAUCAGCAGCUGCACACCUCAGCACAUUGGCCCAGCCAUCCCUGAGGUGAGCUCCAUCUGGUUCAAGCUGUAUCUGUACCACGUGACGGGCCAAGGCCCGCCGUCGCUGCUGCUCUCCAAGGGCUCCAGGCUCAGAAAACUGCCAGACAUUAUCCAGGCCUACGACAGGUUGCUGAUCACCUCUUGGGGUCAUGACCCUGGUGUCGUCCCUACAUCCAAUGUUUUGACGAUGCUGAAUGACGCUCUCACGCACUCUGCUGUCCUAAUCCAGGGUCACGGUAUGCAUGGCCAUGGAGAAACCGUUCAUAUCCCAUUUCCUUUUGAUGAGGAGGAUCUGAAGGGAGAGUUCUCCUACUCCAACAUGUGUGUGCACAAAGCGCUUCGGAAGCUGAAGGAGCGUGUGGAUCUGGAGCACCAGUGUGGCUACAUCACCAUGCUGAACUCCAACAACAGGCACCGUCGCAGGACCAGCGACAGCGCAGAGUGUAGAGGAGAAACGCAUCUAGGCGGAGGCCUGGACACCAACGGCAGCACCGAAUCAUUUGAGCUUGUGACCGAAGAGAACAGCGAGGGAAAAGGAAAGACAGACACUCUUUCAUCUGAAGAUGAGUGGGUCCCUCUUGAACUGUGCUUUGGCAUGCCCCUCUUCAGCUCCGAACUCAACCGCAGAGUGUGUCGAAAGAUUGCCUCACACAAGCUUUGCAGCAACGAAAGCCUUCAGGAGCUUCUUCACUCAAGCCGAAAACUAUCACUGAAAGUGCUGAGCUUUGUUCAUUCGUUCCAGGACGGCGGUCAGCCGUCUGACCCGGACAGCGGCGUGUCGAACCCUCUCAGCCAGCCUCCGGCUGAGUCCGGCGUCCCUCUGCCUUCCAUCAACCUCCUCUUCAAGGAUGGACAGCUGAAGGAGUGGAGUGGCCGCGCCCCUCCCCCUCUGGACAUCUCGUCUCUGCAGAAGGACCAGCCCUCAUAAACCAGGUGCGGUUCGUCCACGAGGACACUACUUCUCAGUGAAAAUGGACCAUGCCUUCUUCCCCCCCCUUUUUUUCUUGGCAACGUUUCAUCUCGCUGAGGACAUCUCUUAAAAGUGGUCCAACUCUGCAUCUUCAUUCGUGCUCACAAGGAAAUGAACCCCAUCAGCUCUUUAUUGUUUAUCCUCUGUAAGAAGAAGCAUUCUCCAUCAACACUAGUACCCACCUCCUUUUUGUUGUUUUCCUGCGUGAUUCCUUGUAUUGCUUAGUAGGCAGCGUUGGCUGUUGGAGUGGUGCUAUAAUCCCAACAUAAGACAGCGAUGCAGGCGAAACCUAGUUGCUUUGUUUACCCUCAAUCCCAUCCUCCAGUUAGUUCUGGUUUUGCUUCUUAAGUGGAUGAACCCCAGACUUCUUCAGGAACAAUUUAAACUAUAUGCAUUAUUGUAGGACCAAUCUCUUGGACUUACCAGCUGACUUUGAAUCCAAACCCUUCUUUAGCUUGUCUCAUGUUCAUUGAUUCAAUGCAUGAUGGUGUUGCACAACUCAACAAAAACAAAAAGAAGAAAUUUCUUCCCUUGUUAUUUGUGAUCAAUAAUGGGGAAACGUAUGUUAAUUGCACUGUGCAGGAUUUGUUUAAACCGGUGGAUAAAUAAAUGUUUUUUUUUAUUUUUUUAUUUUUAAAUGUAGGAUCGGUUGUAGUGCACAUUAAUGUUUUUAGAGCUCUUGUUUAAGGAAGGAAGUGUUUACUCAUUGAAACGCAAACAUGUUAAGAACUGACUGGGCAUUUGAGGAACUUCUGCUUUUUUUAUAUAUAUAAUUGAGGGCACCAAAGACAUUUUCUUUUUCUUUUUACUUGUAAUGAUUUUUUUAAAUACAUUUUUUUGCCUAUAUUGAAAUCAGCCAAUCAAAAGAGCUCAGGCCUGGGAUCAAACCUGCUCAUUUGCUUUGCUUUUUGACCUUUUUUUUAUGAUUUCUGUACAUUUCUCUGAAUACACGGUUCAUAACACGGCAUAACAAGCAUCCUACCUUUCCUGUUUGGGCUGGAAUUUGCAUGUCACACCUAUUUGGAAUAGCAAAGGUUACAGGUGCAUCUCAAUAAAUAGAAUAUCAUCUUAAAGUUCAUGUAUUUUAAAAUAUGAAACUUUUGUAUUCAAUGAACCCAGACCACAUUUUAAUUGUUUAUUUUUUGUUCAAUUUGACUGAUAAGAAGACCUAAACUUAGGAUAUUACUUAAGAUAAAUAAGAAAUUUUAUAUCGUACCAUACACAAUCAUGGAGAUAUUUGACGCCCUCCUCAAGGAGGGCAAGCAACAAAAGCUCAUCACUAAAUAAGCUGGUUGUUCAAAGUGCCGAAUUUGAAAAUAUUCAUGGAAAGUUGAGUGGAACAAAAAAGUGUGGUUUGAAAAAAACAGGUGCCCUAGCAAAAAGGUAACUUCAGUCUUCAGAGGAUUUGGAUGCAAGGACUUUUAUACUUUGUUGAAAGCUAUUUGGAGAUGAACAUUUAAUUUGUUUUCUCACAUAUCCAAUAACUGGCUUAAUGACCAUGAUAUCAAUGUGCUUGAUGGGCCACCAAACUAUCCUGACCUGAAACUCAUUCCCUAAUGUCUAGAUGAAAGUGAGACCCAACAAUUUAGAUUAGAGUUUUCAGUACAGUAUAUGCUAGUGAGACCAAAACUUGGUUGGUUCUUCUUUUCCAUGCAGCAUGGCUUGUAGGCGAUCUGCCCAGGAUGCUUUAGUAGCAACUUUUUUCGGUCAUCAUGUAUUCAAAGCUCAUCAGCAGAGGGAAGCAUGAAGUGCAUAAAACAUCCUGGUAGACUGCUGAGCUAACUUAAAACUUGAUAAAAAAAAAACAGUGGCUCAGCAACAUUUUUCCAUCUCAUCUUUUCCUUCCACUAAACUUUCCAUCAGUAUGUUCUCAUUAUGUAAUUAUGUAAUGCGUGACAUGUGUUUUCUCUUCCGAUUUUCUGAGAAGCAAAGCUCUAAGCUGUAAUCAACACAAUAACUGAACUAGAUGUUUGACAUAAAUGUAAUGAGUCUUUAUAACACGACUUUUACUUUUUGUAUUGAGUAUCAAUGAAAUUGUUGACGAUAUUGUAAUUUAUUGAGAUUCAUCUGUAAGUCUGAUGAUUUUCUUCCUACCACUGCACCUCCCUCUCUCUCUUGAUGAACUCCAGCUUGUGUGUGAUUGUGUGCUUUGUGCACUCUGAGCAAUUCUGUUCACACCAUUUUCAGAUGGGGAGGAACGAAAUGGGGCUUGUAGUCUUGAGAGAAGGAAACGUGCUUUUGUUUUUUGUUUUUUUUGUUUUUUUGUUGUUGUUUUUGUUUUGUGGUUCAGAAAUGGAAAUGCUAGUGCAUUGCCCCGGCUUCCCUGAGACGUCGUUUGGCUCAGGAUGUGUCAGACUCUCCUCUUCAUUAAUCCUUAGUGCAGUUUCUUUUUCCUCCCUGCAUUUGGAAAAGUGUAAAACUCAUUAAGCUGAGUUAAUUUCUGGAGGAAUUUCCCCUUUGCAGUUUUUGCCCCACUUGUGGAAGUUAGAAAUAGGGAAAACAAAAAAACAGACUUAAGACGUGGUCCUGCUGAAGCAUGAUAGCCGUGUAGAAACUGUUGUGUGUAUGUUGUGUAUGCGUAUAUAAUGUACAGAUCACCUCAAAUCUUUACCAGUAAAAAUGACCCUUUACACACACCCCUAUGCGCGCGCACACACACUCUUAUCUACGGGUCAUGGCUGUUUGUUGCAGUUUAUCAUUUUCACCCCUAGUUAUCCAUCUACCUUUGGUGUUUAAAAUGAUAGUUUUAUAUGUUGGCUGAAAAAAAAAAUCUUUGUUGUAGCUUGUUUAUUGGGAGUGUGAAUAUAAUU